CGUGGUUUAACUCGUUUGGUCCCUUUAUUAACUUAGUAACAUCUGUGAAUAUAGCUAUACGUCUCUCCCUCGGCGACUCUGAGCUCCACCAUGGCUCCAUGAUAUGAGGGGUCCGCCGUCCGUCCGCUAGAUAGACUCUCACCUUAUCACCACUUGCUAUCAAAUGGCCCACUGGAAAGAGGAGUACUCCGCCGCGCUGGCGGCUCGUGAUCGACGAGAGAAAGCCAGCAUAGCUAUUUACGAUGCUUAUACCCAACUGGCCGAUCGCACGGUUCAGGGAGCAGCGGCUGGCAACCCACCGAGCUCAGAUCCGGUUGAAGCACAGCAUGUGCCAUCCGACACUUCAGCAUCCCGCUCCAGCAAGGCGCUUUCAGGAGCAGGAACACAAGACCCAUCUCUACAAGAGACCCUCUUAGCUACACGUGCAGACCUGGCUAAGGCGCAGCGGUCACGCUCCGAACUGCAGGACCAGCUCACACGCAUGACCGCUGACUUGGAGAAGCUGCGGAAGAGAAGCACUCAGGAUAGCAGACGGAUUCGCUUACUUGAAAAUGAGAUCGCCCAUCUUCAACUACGCUUAAAGGAUCGAGAUGAGGAAUUGCGCGGGAAGGCAAAGUUAUUGGAGGAUUUCCAAGACGAGCUGGCAUCGUUGAACCUUCAACUGAAUAUGGCUGAAGAGCGGUCAUCCCGGCUGCAGAAGGAGAACCAAGAUCUUGUUGAUCGCUGGAUGGAUAGAAUGGGUAAGGAAGCAGAAGCCUUGAAUGAUGCCUCUAAGUUCUCAUAGAGGGCUACGCGACGAACCGACACGGCCAUGGUUUUCUACCUGCCUGAAUUGG